AGCGAAUGCCGAGUCUAGUCUUGGCACUCGUCAUUCCCUCCCUGUUUGUGUUGACUAGGACGAGGGAGAGAAAAAGGACGGGCAAGAGUAGAUGCCACCAUAUCUUGGUAUGAUUACUAUAUUACCUAUUUAGGGCUAUUUACUCUCUCUAUGCUUCAAUAAUAAACAACUUCUCAUACAUCUACCUACGAUAAUCGCAUUUAUACUAAUUACAACUCUACUACCACCCAUACCCAGGGUCAGGGUAUUCGUCGGCAUCAGUGAUCGAAUAUCAUUAUAAUCGGUAUCGCAUAUACUCAUCUCGGCCGAUCGCAAUGGCACAGCAGCAAGCCCACGGCGGUGCCGCCGACGAGUUCUUCCGCGGCGAGCCCGAUGGACAACAACAGAACUACCAACAGCAGAAUUACCAGCAGCAGCAGCCUUACCAACAGCAGAACUACCAGCAGACGGACUACAACCAGAACGCCGGCAAUGACCAGGCGCCGCCAUACAACGCGCCGUCGAACCCCAACGAGAAGCAGGAGUUCCACGAGGCCUUCAAGGUCUCGAAGCCAAAGUGGAACGAUCUCUGGGCCGCCAUCCUCUUCCUCGCGACAUGCGCCGGCUUCGUCGUCGUCUCGGGCUUGUCUCUCAAUGGAUACCAGGUCACCAGCCACGGGAGCACCACGAAUAACACCUUCGGACUUAACAAACUCACCAUCGUCCUAUUCGCCUACGUCCUCGCCGUCGCGUUCGUAAUCUCCUUCGCCUACUUCUGGUGCGUGCGCGCCUUCACCAAGCAAAUCAUCUGGAUCACCGGCAUCCUGCAAAUCGUCUUCGGCAUCGGAACCGCCGUUUUCUACCUCUGGGCCAAAGAAUACGCCGCCGGCAUCGUCUUCCUGGUCUUCACCGUCUUCUACAUCAUCUGCUUCAUCUCCUGGAUCCCCCGCAUCCCCUUCUCCGUCCUGAUGCUUCAGGCCGUCAUCGACGUCGCCAAGAACUACGGGCACGUCUUCGUCGUCUCCCUCGUCGGCGGCCUCAUCGCCACCGCCUUCGGCGCCUGGUUCACCGUCACCCUCGUAGCCGUGUACGCGCGCUACAACCCCGGCAACGCCGCCUGCAGCACCUACGGCGGCUGCUCCACCGCCAAGGUCAUCGGGCUCAUCGUCUUCAUCACCUUUGCGGGCUACUGGAUCACAGAGGUCCUCAAGAAUAUCAUCCAUGUGACCAUCUCUGGCGUCUACGGCUCCUGGUACUUCUGCUCCCAGAAGCAGUCAGGGUUCCCCAAGGGCGCAACACGCGGCGCGUUCAAGCGCUCUGUCACGUACAGCUUCGGCUCUAUCAGCUUCGGGAGCUUGAUCGUGGCGAUCAUCCAGCUCCUUCGCCAGGUGUGCAAUGCCGCUAAGCAGAACUCGGCGGCGCAGGGGAAUAUGGUUGGGCAGAUCAUGUUCUGUAUCCUUGGGUGCCUGAUCAGUCUCCUGGACUGGCUUGUGCAGUUCUUCAAUGAGUAUGCGUUUAGUUACAUCGCGCUGUACGGGAAGGCGUAUAUCCCCGCCGCCAAGUCGACAUGGCAUAUGAUGAAGGACCGCGGGAUUGACGCGCUUGUUAAUGAGUGUCUCAUCAACCCUGUCCUCACUAUGGGGUCUGUCUUCGUGGCGUACGUGUGCGUAUUGAUGUCGUACCUGUAUCUCCGCUAUGGUAACGUUGUGAUGGAUACGAAUUACUACGCAGUUAUCAUGGCGUACUCGUUCCUUGUCGGUCUGCAGAUCUGUAACGUCUUCCUGGUGCCGAUUAAGAGUGGUGUUGCUACCCUGUUUGUGGCGAUGGCGUUUGAUCCGGCGGUGCUGCAGAAUGAGUUCCCGGAUUUGUAUGAUAGGAUGGUGGGCGUUUAUCCGCAUGUGCAGCAGGUGGUGCAUGCUUAGACGGGAAAUUCGUCUUGUUGCACUGAGGGGGUUUUGAGACCUGUGAGAGUAGGGGGGUCAUGGAGUGCAAAUACGUGGUGCAUGAAAGAAGUGGAAAGGAGGGGGGGAACAGCGCUGUUAUCUGUUAUGUGCUGGGUUAAUAGUUCAUCGAUAAACUAUAUUUUUUCUUUUCUUUUCUGUUUCUUGGGUUGAAGGAUGUGCAUGGGGCGCGUGGGGAUACCAACGUUUAAGGGAAUAUACAUAUUUUUGGGCGCGGGGUUGCGUUCUUGGGGAGGGGUGAAUAAGUG